CGGCAGAGUGGGAGAUAAGCGAGGGCUCAAAGAGAGCCCGCAGGUCCCGGCUGCGUGACCGACCGGGGAUCGCUGUGCGGGCACUGGGCACGGAGGCAGCUGUUAGCGCCCGGAACCAUGACCUUGCAGACGCCACCGUCCCAGUGAGGCCGGGCCCUGCGUGCGCCCCCCUGCUCGCCCCGUCCAGCCUGCGCCGGGAUGUCGGGGGCCUCCAAAGAGGGCGUGGGGGCCCGGGGGCUGCCGGCCGCGGGCAAGGCCUGCUUGUCCAGCCUGGACCGGAAGCUGAGCGCGCUCAACGAGAAGGUGGACAAGCUCCUGCACUUCCAGGAAGACGUCACGGAGAAGCUGCAGGGCGUGUGCCGAGGCCUGGACCACCUGGAGCAGGGCCUGCACCGGCUGGAGGCCUCCCGGGCCCCGGACCCCAUGGGGGCUGGCCCCACCCCGCCGGGGGACCCUGCCCCUCCUGGGGACGCGCAGGCCGGGUGGCCCGAGGUCCUGGACCUGGUGCGGGCCGUGCGGCAGGAUGCGGCCCAGCAUGGCGCCCGACUCGAGUCCUUGUUCCGGGUGGUGGUGGCCGUGGACAGGGCCCUCGCCUUGGUGGGGGCCGUGUUCCAGAAUUCCAAGGUGGUGGACUUCAUCCUGCAAGGCAGCGCCCCCUGGAGGCGAGGGCGCCCGGCCCCAGGCCCCGCCGAGGACAAAGACAGAGAGGAGGCGGAGGGAGCCAAGCCGCAGCUCGCGCUGAGCAGCCGGGGCGUGCAGGCCGAGCUCCGGGGGCCUCGGGAAGAGAGCCAGCAGGCUGACCUGCCGGAGGGCACAGCGGCGAGGCUGCCCGCGGUCGGCGCUUCGGGGAUGGGAUCCGACGUCCUGGCCCAGCCCGAGGCCCGGCCCGAGCAGGGAGGCGGGGUCCCCAGCCCAGACCUGCUGCCGCCCACAGAGGCAGACGCCGCCGCUCCCGGGGCGUCCAGCGAGACCCCCGAAACCAGCCAGGCGGCGGCACCAGGCGCAGAACAAGGGUCACCGUCCAGUGGGGCUGACACUGUGCCCGCAGAGGAGGGCGUGACGCCGACCUCAGGCCCACCUGCCGGGGCCACCACAGCUCCCCAAGGCGAGGAUACGCAUCCCAGGCUCUCGGUCCACGUGCAGGAGACGGACAGGCCCGGGCAGCUGCGGGAGAGGCCAGGGGGCAGCCUCGGUGCCGCGCCCCCCGCGGAGGCCCCCGCCGCUGCCCAGCCCGGGGAGCGGGACCCGCCUGUGCACGGGGACGGGCCCCAGGCCCCGGGGCCCGAGUCAGGGGAGCCGAGCCCGGAAGGAGCCAGCGUGUGGCCCCCGCUGCCAGCGCGGAGCGGCGACGGGGGAGCAGAGGCCGCGGACCAGCCGGGAUCGGCAGCCGGAGCCGCCCUGGCACCGAGCGGGGCCCCGGGCCCAGGAGCGGGGGACCCGGAGCCCGGGAGGGACUGCGCCCCCGGGGGCCUGGGCGGUGCCGAGGCUGGCGGCCUGGUUCUGGAUGACAGCCCGGCCCCGCCGGCCCCGUUCGAGCACCGGGUGGUGAGCUUGAAGGAGGCCUCGGCCGCGGCGGGCUAUGCCGUGUGCCAGCACCAGGUCCUGGGCGGGGGCCGGUUCGGCCAGGUCCACAGGUGCACGGAGAGGUCCACGGGCCUGGCGCUGGCGGCCAAGGUCAUCAAAGUGAAGAGCAACAAGGAUCGGGAGGAUGUGAAGAACGAGGUCGCCAUCAUGAACCAGCUGAGCCACGUGAACCUGAUCCAGCUCUACGACGCCUUCGAGAGCAAGCAGAGCUGCACGCUGGUCAUGGAGUGUGUGGACGGGGGAGAACUCUUUGACCGGAUCACGGAUGAGAAGUACCACCUGACUGAACUGGACGUGAUCUUGUUCACCAAGCAGAUCUGUGAGGGUGUGCACUACCUCCAUCAGCACUACAUCCUGCACCUGGACCUCAAGCCGGAGAACAUACUGUGUGUCAACCAGACAGGACACCAAAUAAAGAUCAUUGACUUUGGGCUGGCCAGAAGGUACAAGCCGCGGGAGAAGCUGAAGGUGAACUUCGGCACGCCCGAGUUCCUGGCCCCCGAAGUCGUCAACUACGAGUUCGUCUCGUUCCCCACGGACAUGUGGAGUGUGGGCGUCAUCACCUACAUGCUACUCAGCGGCCUGUCCCCGUUCCUGGGGGAAACCGACGCCGAGACCAUGAACUUCAUCGUGAACUGCUGCUGGGACUUCGAGGCGGACACCUUCGAGGGGCUGUCGGAGGACGCCAAGGACUUCGUGUCCCAGCUGCUGGUCAAAGAGAAGAGCUGCAGGAUGAGCGCCACCCAGUGCCUGAAACACGCGUGGCUGAGCCACCUGCCCGCCAAGGCGUCCCGCUCCCAGAAACAUUUCCACGCGGUGACUGCUGCCAACAGGUUAAGGAAAUUUCCCACCUGCCCCUGACCCUGGACUGGACUCCGCUGCCCCUGGGCCGAGCCGCUCCGGGGGCCCGGGGAUGCCCGGAGGCCAUGGAUCACCGGCCUCGGGCUCAGCCGGCUUCCAGGAACUUUGUGAGAGGUUCCGGCCGGGCCUUCCCUGUGGGUGACGCGUGGCUGGAAGACGGUGACGUCAGGACUGUUUCGCUGCCGUGGGAGCCCGCUGGUGUGAAAUGCUGUGUUUCCUCGUCAGGGGCCCCCGCUUUGGGGGGCGCGGGUGGGAUGCGGAGCGCGCUCUGAUUCAGGGGCUCGCUCAGUGGCCCGGCCCGCGGGUCUCCCUGGGCACAGGGAAGCCCUGCCGCUCCGAUCCCCGGGCCGGGCCAGGCUGUAUUUGUUGUCCGACCGACCCGCGCUGUGUGCCGCCCUCCUCUAACAUGUUUAACUUGUGCUCCCUUUUGAGAAUGGAAACGUGCAUCCUUUGCUAGUCUUUGAAAUUUUGAAAUAUACUGGCCGUCAUGGCUGAAAGAGGACAAGGGUCAAGUGGAAUGCGCUUAAUGUUUUUAUUGAUUUUAGAGAGAGAAGAAGGAAGUGGAAUAGAGAGUAACAUCAAUUGGCUGGCCCUAGUCGGUUUGGCUCAGUGGAUAGAGCGUCAGCCCUUGGACUGAGGGUCUCGGGUUCGAUUCCGGUCAAGGGCAUGUACCUUGGUUGCAAGUUCAGUCCCAACCUGGUCGGGCCGCAUGCAGGAGGCAACCAAUAGAUGUGUCUCUCUCCCUCCCACUCUCUCUAAAAAUCAGUGGAAAAAUAUCCUCAGGUGAGGACUAAC